ACAAAUACAAAAUCAAAGACUUCAGGCUCUGUAGGUAUCGGUUUCUGAACAGCUUGUAAAAGAUACAGAGAAGAACACCCACAUAGACAGGACUCGAUCUGCUCCAUUACCGCCUCGAUCAUCUCUGCAACAGAGGGUUUGUUUUUUGUGUUCCCAGAUAUUGAUACAUGCGAAAACAGAGUUUAGUUGGAUGAUAAUGGCUGCUCCAACAUCUGCGAAACAAAAUGUGUAUGAUUUUGAUGAUGAUGAUGAUGAUAUGCCCAUAGUUUUCAAAAGAGGUAGCAACUCAACUUCUAAGCAAAAUCAAUUGAACCCAGAAAUGAAGAAACCUUCAUCAUCAUCACAGAACUCCAAUGGACAAAGUUCAAAUGUCCAAAAGGGUAAAAACUCUGUUCCAUCUUCUAAGGCAUCACCAGUAAAAUCUCCAAUAGGAAGUCCUAAACCAUCAACUUCAUCUGUGAAGGCAUCUUCUAUGAAGUCACCAGUGGCAAAUUCAAAAGCAUCAAACUCUUUAGAUGAACAGUUGAAACAGGCAUCCAAACAUAGUGCAUCUAAUGUUGCUAAGAAGGAUAUCAAUUCUGUUAAACAUAAAAUUGAACCAGAUAGUGCUGAUGAUGAUUCUGAGGAUGGUUUACCAUUGAGUUCUAGACUUAAGGGAACCAAUAAAAGUGGACCAAAUGUUCUCAAAGAUGAAGAUUCAGAUGAUGAUCAAGUCCCUUUAUCUCAGAAGUUCACACUAAAAGCCAAUGCAGGGGCAUCGGGCAGUAAACCAAACAAUUUCAGUGAAAAGAAAUCUUUGGCUUCAAACAUUCAAGAGAAUGGUUCCACUGCAAAGGACAAGCAACAGAAAAUAGUUCAGCUACCUACUAAGAGACCUAUAGAUAAGGCUAAUUUAUCAGAUCAGUCUUCUGCUAAAAAGCCUAAGCUUUCCAGUGCAUCUACAAUGGCGAAAAUUAAGCAAGUAACUGUCAAGGCAGAACAGAAGGCAAUUGAUGAUGACAAUGUUCCGCUCAAUCAGAGAAAAAAUUUAGGCUCAGAGAAUAAAUCAUCAUCUGUCAAGCAAAAGGCAUUAAAAGUUGCUUCUUCUUCAUUCAAGAAGACAAAUAAGAAGAAUAAGAAACAAAUGAAAAAUGCAAAAUAUAGUAAGUCAACAAAAGUGCAACCUAGCUCCACAGAUGGGCAGAGAAAAUGGACUACCUUGGUUCAUAAUGGUGUCAUUUUUCCGCCUCCAUACCAGCCUCAUGGGAUUAAGAUUCUCUACAAGGGGCAGCCAGUUGAUUUGACUCCUGAACAAGAGGAGGUUGCAACAAUGUUUGCUGUGAUGAAAGAUACAGAUUAUAUGCUAAAACAAAAAUUUCUUGAGAACUUCUGGAAUGAUUGGCGAAAAUUAUUGGGGAAGAACCAUGUGAUACAGAAGUUGGAGGACUGUGAUUUCACCCCAAUUUAUGAAUGGCAUCAGCGGGAAAAGGAGAAGAAAAAACAAAUGAGUACAGAAGAGAAAAAGGCCUUGAAAGAAGAGAAAUUGCGGCAAGAGGAGAAGUACAUGUGGGCUAUAGUUGAUGGUGUCAAAGAGAAGGUUGGAAAUUUCAGAGUUGAACCACCUGGGCUGUUUCGAGGCCGGGGAGAGCAUCCAAAGAUGGGUAAGCUGAAAAGCCGUAUCCGGCCAAGUGACAUUACCAUAAAUAUUGGAAAGGAUGCCUCAAUUCCAGAAUGCCCUAUCCCUGGUGAAAGUUGGAAAGAAGUGAAGCAUGAUAAUACUGUUACAUGGCUGGCUUUCUGGAAUGAUCCAAUCAAUCCGAAAGAAUUCAAAUAUGUUUUUCUGGCAGCUAGCAGUUCCUUGAAGGGGCAAAGUGACAAGGAGAAAUAUGAGAAGGCAAGAAAGCUGAAGGACUACAUAGACAACAUCAGAGCAGCUUAUCAGAAGGACUUUAAGAGUAAAGAUAUUGCAAAGAAGCAAAUAGCAGUUGCUACUUAUCUUAUUGAUAAGCUAGCUCUUAGGGCGGGUAAUGAGAAGGAUGAUGAUGAAGCUGAUACUGUUGGUUGUUGUACAUUAAAAGUAGCAAAUGUAGAGUGUAUUCCUGGAAGUUUUAAUUUGAAGUUUGACUUCCUCGGUAAAGAUUCGAUUCGAUACGAAAACACUGUUGAGGUUAAGCCUGAGGUGUACGAUGCAAUUGGAACUUUCCAAAAGGGGAAAAAGCAAACUGAUGAUCUUUUUGACAAGCUGGACACAACUAAACUGAAUGCUCACCUGAAGGAACUGAUGCCUGGCCUUACUGCAAAAGUUUUUCGUACAUAUAAUGCAUCAAUCACAUUGGAUGAAAAGUUGUAUGAGGAAACAGACGAUGGGGAUGUUGCAGAAAAAGUUGUCAUCUAUCAACGAGCAAACAAGGAGGUUGCAAUCAUUUGUAAUCACCAGCGUACUAUUUCAAAAUCUCAUAGUGCGCAAAUGUCAAAGUUGACUGAGAAAAUUGAGGAACUCAAGGGAACUCUAAAAGAGCUAAAAACUGAUUUGGACAGGGCCAAGAAGGGGAAGCCUCCAUUAAAGGAUGCAGCAGGAAAGCAAAAGAGGAACCUGAGUCCUGAAGCCAUAGAGAAAAAGAUCGCAUCAACCAAUCAAAGGAUUGAGAAAAUGGAAUUGGCCAUGAAGACUAAAGAGGAUCUGAAAACUGUGGCCUUAGGCACGUCCAAAAUCAAUUACCUUGAUCCUAGGAUCACAGUAGCAUGGUGCAAACGACAUGAAGUUCCCAUUGAAAAGAUAUUCAACAAAUCGCUUUUGGCAAAGUUUGCUUGGGCAAUGGAUGUGGAUCCCCAAUUCAGAUUCUGAGCUUCAUUCUUCUCUGGUGGAGUAAUGAAGUAACUUCACUCGCUCUCCCCCACCUCCUUUCUCAAACGCCAAAAAAGGGGUUAAAAAAAGUACAAUUCCUCUUCUUUUAAUCUCCAUCAUCACAAUUUAUUUAACAUUUUUUUUCCUCCUGUUCAAGCGGAAAUUAAUGUUGUAUGUUCAGUCUAAUCUAAUUAUGGGGCGAUUUGCCCCCCCUUCUUCA